AUGAGGACUUCUCAGGCAACGUUCUCGGGUAUGCCUACGGGUAAGAAAUAUAUGGGAUGGUGGGGAGACAUGGGCGGUCCAACUCAAAAGGGUAUCAUUCAGUACUCGGUCUCUCCGUUCCAGCAGAACGCGAUGAAAGGUGCUCUUCACUCUUACCUCUUCUAUGGAUUCAAGAGGAUCAUGCAGCAGGCUCCUUACUUUGCUAUUCCUUUCGCUGCAGGAUACGGCCUUAUUGCUUGGGCAAAGAGUAAGAACGCUUAUUAUAACUCUAAGCAAGGUCAUUUGGAGCAUGGUCAUGAUGAGUAG